ACUCUGAAUAAACAGAUUACUCUAUCACUUGUACCCCUGUGUUUCCUAAUCAAACCCCUUUAUCCCUGCACUUCCUUGAAGUUCACACACACACAAAAAUAUUCUAGAGACAGAAAGAGCCAUUUUUCUGCUAAUUAAAAGAGGCCUAUGCAACUAGUUAUCACAAGCUUGCAAUCUGGUUCUGCUACUAUUCUUACAAAAACACAGUGGCUUACAGCUACAGUUACAGCCAUUUCAAUUAUUGAAUGAAAUUUACCACAAAUUAUAUUCUCAAAAGAGUACAACUUUCUUGUCUUUUUAUCAUAGGUAAUUAAUUUGUUUCACAAUUCACCAAAAUUAAUUAAUUGCCUCGAUCUUCUAAAUCCACCUCUUACUAUAUCUGUCUAACUUUCCCUUUUCAAUGUCUUCCUCAUUUUUUCUCUGUUUUUUUUUUAUGCUGAAUUCUCUUCGAUUCUGCAUUUUAUACUUCAAGAACUCACAACCCAUUUCCAAAUCUUGAAUUUUUAACUCAUCACUGUUAAGAAAAAUCCAUUUUUUUUGGUUCUAAAUUAUGGCACAGAAGCAUUUGCAUGAGCUUCUAAAAGAAGAUCAAGAGCCAUUUCACAUUGCUAAUAAAAGACUUAAUUUUUCUUCCUUACAAAUUAAGAAAAUUCAAAAGCCAAUUAAUCAAACCCCAAUAUCUAAUAUUUGCAAAAAUUCUUGUUUUUUCUCCUUCAAUGACUCACCGGAGUUAAGAAAAUCCCCUUUGUAUUUACCUUCUCCGGCGGCACCGAAGAGCCCGGAAAAUGGGAAAUUUGUACUACAUGUACCUGCAAGAACUGCUGCUCUGCUUCUGGAAGCUGCAAUGAGGAUUCAAAAACAACAGAGUUCAUCAAAAUCGAAAACCCAAAUCAAGAAAGUGAAAUUUGGGAUUUUUGGGUCCAUUUUUAAGAAAUUGAAGGAUCGAAAUGGAAACAAAAAUGGUGAAAAAAGAUUUUCAUGCUCGUGUAAUAACAGUAGAGUUAACAGUGAAAUCAAUGAAGAGAAGUUAAUGGAUUUGGAGAAUUAUGGUGAUUUUGGUUCGUCUCCGUUUAGCCCUUUUAGAUUUUCUCUACAAAGAUGCCCGUCGACCUCCGGCGACGUUAUGCCGGAAUUCACAUCGCCGGCAGCUUCUCCGGCUUGUCACAAGAAAGAGGACAAAGAAAGCUAUGAAACAAUUAUAGGCUUGGCAAGUAUUGAUAAGGUAGAAGAAGAAGAUGAGAAAGAGCAAUGCAGUCCAGUUUCUGUAUUGGAUACUCCAUUUGAGGAGGAAGAGGAUGGACAUGAAAACGAGGACGAGGACGAGGAAGAAGAUGAGGAUUCUGAUCUCGAUUGCAGCUAUGCACUUGUACAAAGAGCACAACAAGAACUUUUGUCUAAGCUUCGUAGAUUCGAGAAAUUGGCAGAGUUAGAUCCAAUUGAACUCGAGAAACUAUUGCUCGAUGACAAUGAUGAUAACGUAGACAAAGAGGAAUAUCAAGUUUCUAACUUAAUUUCCGAGGAGAAGUUUGAAGUUAAAAGCUUGAACUAUGGAGAAGCCGUCUUUGGAAGAGAAUGCAAGAGGUUAGAUUCAUCAUAUCAAGAAUUAAGAUCAAAUGCCAUCGAUAUGAUGGUGAAAUCGAAUUUGAAAAAUGAUUUUGAUGAUUGGAACAUGUUUCAAGAGCAAAGAGAAGAAAUCGCGAUAGAAUUUGCUUCUUCUAUAUUUGGAUUGUUAGUUGAGGAAUUAGGAGAGGAGUUAAUUCAUUUAUCUCACUCCUAAGAAAUACGCCAAUUUCUGACAGACAUUUCAUUGAAAAAUCUGUUGUAAACAUUCACGAAGAGUAUAAUUCCAAUAAAUAUGUUAGAAAAUUUUGUUGUGUUUAUAAAUAAUUACGUACUCUUUCGCUACUUAAUUAGCGACAAAUAUGAAAUGUUAUUAUUAAGAAAUAAUUAAAUCUUUUGCAUAAAUAGGCUUGCUUAA